CCGCCACCCCAGCCGACUUACAGGCCGCAGCCACCACCCCCUGCACCCCAGCCUCAGCCGGGGUACAACUACAACAAGCCUGCGCCGCAGCCCGCGCCGCAGCCGGCCCCACAGCCGGCUUACCGGCCGCAACCUCAACCGGCUUACCGGCCUCAGCCAGCCCCCCAGCCUCAACCUCAGCAACAGCCUCAGCCACAACAGGGGUAUGCGUACAACAAGCCUAACCCGCAGUUGCUGACGCCACAGCCGACGUACAGGCCUCAGCCGGCACCUCAACCAGCUCCCCAACCGACGUACAGACCGCAGCCGGCGCCUCAACCAGCUCCACAGCCGACGUACAGGCCGCAACCGGCGCCUCAGCCUCAACCCACCUACAGGCCGCAACCAGCGCCUCAGCCAGAUCAGGGAUAUUCGUACAAUAAGCCCGCCCCACAGCCGGCUCCUCAGCCAACCUACAGGCCGCAACCAGCGCCCCAACCAACAUACAGGCCCCAGCCGGCGCCUCGGCCUCAACCUACCUACAGGCCGCAACCUGCACCUCAGCCCGAUCAGGGCUAUACGUACAACAAGCCCGCUCCUCAGCCCGCUCCUCAGCCCGCUCCUCAGCCGGCCCCUCAACCGACCUACAGGCCUCAACCAGCGCCUCAGCCGCAGCCAACCUACCGGCCGCAACCGGCGCCUCAGCCCGAUCAGAGCUACACGUACAACAAGCCCGCUCCCCAGCCAGCUCCUCAGCCGACGUACAGGCCGCAGCCCGCGCCUCAGCCAGCUCCUCAGCCAGCUCCUCAGCCAACCUACAAGCCUGUCCCACAGCCGCAGCCUCAGCCUCAGCAGGGCUACCAGUACAACAAACCGACUCCUUCAUUCCAGGGCCAGGCGCAGCUCUCACAGGCAUUCCGCCCUCAGCAGCCGCAGCCUCAGCCGGCCUACAAGCCUCAGCCGGCACCAGUGCCCGCUUUCGUGCCUCAGCCAGCGCGCCCGUUCAGCGUGCAGCCUAGCUCGCCCCGACCAACACCCGCCCAGAUCUUCACCAGCCCCGCCCCGCAGCAGAUCGUGAGCCAACCCGCGCCUUUCCAAAAGAACGAGGGCUACGUCUACCCUCCGCCCGAGAGGCCCAUCGAACUUCCGGCCCAGGCCCCGGCCACGCGGCCACCGCCGCCACCCCCACCACCAACGAGUAGGCCGACACCCCCGCCCACGGCCCCGCCCCCAAGGCCGACUCAGGGAUACACCUACAGCCCUCCACAGGAGACGUUUAACCAGAACCUGGGUGCGUCUUACCGCCCGUCGACGCCACCUCCGCCUCCGCCGCCGCCCAGCACGAGGCCGCCACCUCCGCCACCUCCGCCAGCUCCGAAGCCCACCCCAGGAUACCUGCCGCCGGCACCUCCAUCCCCCAAGCCCACCCCCGGCUACAACUACAGUCCGCCCGAGCAGACCGUCAGCCAGAACUUAGGCGCGUCGUACCGGCCGUCGACACCACCUCCUCCGCCACCGCCACCUCCCAGCACCAGGCCGCCGCCACCUCCUCCUCCACCAGCGCCGAGGCCGACGACUGCGUACUUGCCGCCGGCGCCCUCGACACCCAAGCCUACACCUGGCUACAGUUACAGCCCCCCUCAGCAGACGUUCAACCAGAACCUCGGUGCGUCGUACAGUCCCUCCACCGCGCCGCCGCGCCCACCGCCGGCGCCUACAACUCCCAAACCUACUCCCGGCUACACUUACAGCCCCCCUCAGCAGACGUUCAACCAGAACCUUGGAGCGUCCUACCGACCACCUCAGUCUACGCCGCGACCUCCCCCACCUCCCCCA